AGCCAGAAUGGCUCCAACCGCAGACUCUAGCAACGACAACAAUAAUGACAAGAAGCGCCCCGCAUCUCCCCGUCGCAGCUCUCGUGCUCCCAAGAAGCGGGACUUUUUUCACAAGAAUGUGGUCGUAAGUAAUAGCCGACGAGGACUGAUUGAAUACCAGCGCGACGAACGACGGGGACUGAAUCAACCCGGUGUUUGGGUCUAUCGCACCGAAAAAGACAAGCAAAAUAUCAAGGACGAAGAGCACGGCCGCGACCUUUAUUUGGACGAAUUGCAACCGGCCGGAUGGGUGUGGCGCAAACGCAUCACCGUCUUGACAGGAUGGAUCUGUACUGCCCCGGGAAUUCCCAAAAAGGACGAACAGGUGAACGUCAACUGUUUCACGUCCUAUCAAGCCAUUGUGCAACAAUACAAGAAGGAUGGAAAUACCAUGGAGAAGAUUCUGCAACGGGGAGCGCAAGGUGCCGUGAGUAACAGCACAAAGACAGGAGGGACAACGACGACAAGAGCUGCCAAGAAACCCAGUGGUACAACCACUGCUAACAAGACUCCAAAGGAGGCUACCACAACUCGGUCGUCACGACGUCACACCAACGCCGCCAAGAACAGGGACCAGCCACCAGCGGCAGUGGGCCCCCGCCUUACCCGAAGGGCUGCCAAUAAUGCCUCUGCUCAGGUCUCCAACAAUAACAACACUUCGCAACAAGACACUGUGACCCUUGUCGCUGCGGCCGCACCAAGCGAUAACAACACGCAGCCUCAAGGCAAUAGCAAUCGGGAUACAACUACGCGUACCAGUGAAACAACCACUACAACCACCAGACAGGGCCGUGCUGCCCCAGAGACCGUGCAGCCGGCAGAAGAACCAACUGCAGCAGCACCCACAGCGGGCGCAGCAGCAGCAGCGCAACAACCUACUGAUAAUGCUCCUCCUCCGGCAGCCGCUGCGUCUGUCCCUGUCAAGGAAGAACAAGACGCGGAAGUACCCAUCAAACAGGAAGAAGAAGAAGUCAGCGUGAUUGGAGCCGUCAGGGUGGUUAGUAGUGCAUCCACCGCGCCAACAUGUGGAGUUUUACAACGGUGUCAACGCAUCGAGUUCUCCCUGGGAUUUCCACCGGAAAAGUACUCGGGGGAACCACCCUAUCGACGCAUCCACUUGCUGGAACAGGAUUGCGGAUUGAUUGUGCCGCAGGGAGUUACCUGGCGCCAAAGGUUGGAUGCCCUCGAAACGAUUAUUGGAAUUUGAUUGCAGUAAUUGCAGGAGUGCUGCCCUGCUUUGUUUUUAGGAUAUAAUACAUCUAAUAGUUAACUAUCUAUUCUAAAGUGAGCCUUUAUAAUC